CGCCUCUACAUGUGGUCUAAAUAAAAAUCAAUUUCUUCAAAAAAAAAAAAAAUUCCUAUCUUUUUUUUCUUCUUUUUCACCAUCUUUUAAGAAAAAAAAAAAAAGGAAAUUACACAUAAUGGCUAUUGAAAACCUUCCCAAGGAUCUCAAUGAAUUCAAAGCUUUGAUUGCCUCUGAUAAAUUGGUUGUCAUUGAUUUUUACGCUACCUGGUGUGCUCCUUGCAAAUUGAUUUCUCCCAAGUUUGAAAAGUUGGUGGAGGAAUACCCUGAUGUCAUCUUUGCCAAGAUUGAUGUCGAUGACGUAGCUGAUGUUGCUGCUGAAGUCGGUGUCCGUGCUAUGCCUACCUUCAUGUUCUUCAAAAAUAGUAAUAAGGUUGAUGAAGUGGUUGGUGCCAAUUUGUCCAGCAUCGUUAACAAGAUCAAGGAACACUCUGCUUAAGCAUGUCUCCUUUGUUUCAAGAUGAAUUGUUUUUUUUUUAUUAUUAUUAUUUACUUACGGAAUUUUUUCACACGUUACAUACAAUUUUUCGCCAUUCCCUUUUGUUGUCCCUUUUAGUUUUGUUAUCUCCAUUAUAUAUUUUAUUAUAUAUAAAAAAAAUACAAAUAAAAGACUGUUAAAUCAUA